AUGCUACGUGAGAGGUAUUUGUUGUUCAUGUCAGAAUAUUCACCAGAAUUUUAUAAUGAAAACUAUAAAACUGACAAAUUAAAACAAAAACUAAUAAAUCAUUUUGGCAACCGUAUAUCAUUCUGGCAGCUAAACUACAGAAUUGAACUGGUUAACUCGUCAUGGAUAAAACCAGGAGAAGCUAUAGAAACUGCAUUUGAAGCUGCGUCAUCAGAGAUACGAAGAAUACAAGAAGCUGCAAUGAUUCUGAGACGACAUAUCCAGCAGGCAUAUGAAAAUUCACCGAAAAUGCCUUGGCCUCCUUCAGCCGAAUUUCUGGCAUCAGAAGAACUGAAGUCUCCUAAUUUACUAUGUGCAUUUUUGUCGCAUUUAACAAGCGGAAUACCAUUGCACUCUGUGAAUGACAAAGUUGAGCAUACAGUAAAUUAA